GAUCAGUCGGACGAUGAGCCUCGUCCAAGUUGUGUCUCGGCAAAAUAACAGGUGUACCGUAUGUGAAAAUGGGUUUAGGUCACUUGCUGAUGGUUACAUUGACGUUACUCUGCACAGGUUUACAAACAUCGGAAGCAUCUGACUGGGGAUAUUGGGGCAAAAAUGGACCAGAAAACUGGCCGGGAAUAUGUACGACGGGAAAGAAGCAAUCACCGAUUGAUAUUGUGACGGAUGAUGCCAUAAGAAUUGAUCUCGGUGCUCUUAAAACCUAUCGAUACGAUUUCGCGUUUCCUAGCACGCUGAUUAACACUGGACAUUCCGUGCAAAUUCAGCUUCAUAGCAGUGUGCCAAUCCAUCUCAGUGGCAGAGUUCUGUCAUCGGUAUAUAUUCUGGAACAAAUGCACUUUCACUGGGGCGCAGAGCAUACCGUGGACGGUUUACGUGAUCCAUUGGAGUUGCAUUUAGUGCAUUACGAUAAAAAGUAUGCGAAUUUUAGCGUAGCGGCGCAACACGAAGGCGGAGUUGCCGUGGUCGGUGUUCUAUUUGAGUUAUCAUUAGAUGACAAUCCGGAUCUGGCGCCGAUUGUAGAGGCUACGAGGCUGGUAUCGCAUUGGGUGGGGCACAGCAUGGCGCGCAUAAGGACCAAGCUGAUACCUUUAUUAUUCCUACCAAAGGAUCAUACGACGUAUUAUCAUUACGAAGGAUCGUUAACUACACCCGAAUGCCAGGAAUCUGUACUGUGGUUUGUUAUGACUGAAAAACUCAAAGUGUCGGAAGCGCAGAUGAACGUAUUCAGACACGUGGAGAGCAGCAAUGGCACGCUAAAGUUCAAUUACAGACCUGUUCAAAACCUCGGCAACAGGAAGGUGUACCAUCGCCUAGAGGGCUAUAAUAGUGCGUCCUCGAGAAUUCCCAGAAACAUGGUCUACAUAGUUCUCAGUAAUCUUCUAGCCAGACUUCUACACAAGAAUUUUUAAUGUGAGAAGUGCCAAAUCGGACUUGAUGUUACAAUGUCUAAAAUGCGAGAGGAUAACUAUGUGAUAUACAUAAUUUAUUGCACUAUUUUGGAGAAUGUGCAUUUAUUAUGAUUAAUAUACUACACGAUCGUAUAACUGCAUUAUUUGGAAAGCAAUGUUUUUCACAAAAACAUUGAGAGCUGUGAAAUCAUAAUUAAUUAAUAUUAAUAUAUAAAAAGAGAUAGUGGUUACAAAUUGCGAAGAAUCUCCUUCUCAUAUAUGUAUAAUUUGCUUCAAAAUUCUGUAAAGAUAUAUACUAGAUUCAAAUUUUCCAUGUUGUUAAAUAUUUAAGUAUUAAUUCGUGUAUAAAGAAUUCUUUUUGUACAAUCUAGGUGAUGUAACAAAUACAGCAGUAUUUGCUAUUUAAUAUUACCUAAUAUAUUUGUAACAUGUCUAAUUGAUAUUAAUAAUUAAAAAUUAUCGAUUUGCGAGCAUAUACUAAAACCAAACGUAAAAUGAGAGCGCAUUUUUAUAAAAGAUAUGUUCACAUUUGUAUGUAUAUGAAAUAUAAAUUAUAUAUGUUAAAUUUAAUUGUAUAUAUACAUAUAUAUAUAUAUAUAUAUAUUUUAUAUUGUUAGAUAAUACAUUUGAAUGUGCUUCUUUUGCAUCUCAUCUAGGGAUUAUGUAUUAAUAAGCUAUAUGUCGCGGGCAGCUAUGCGUGGCACUAUUCUAUUGUGUACGGUGUCGCGAUCUGCCCAAUUCCGGAGUAACUCCGAUCACGUGUGUACAGGUAUUGGGAAUAUAUCACUUUGUGUGAAGCAAUCAAACGA